AAGAAAAUCAGUGCGUUAGAGGCUGCAGGAGACCUAAACACAGUCACCAUGAAGCUGGGCUGUCUCUGCACGGCUGGGGCCUUCUACUUUUCGCCUACUAUGCUCUGGGCAGCCCCGAUGCUACUAGCUGUCCUUGGCCUCUGGUUUCCUGCACCAGCAGCUGGAUGUCAUGCUGCUGCCAGUUUUGAUACACUGCAGUGUGAAGGACCUGUCAGCACCCGGGACAGCGGCUGCGAUACUGAAGAGGACUUGACCUGCCCAAAGGAAGUUGACUUCCAGGUCAAGGGCUACACUUUCAGUAAACCCUUCCAUCUGGUUGUGUCCUACGACUGGCUGAUUCUCCAAGGUCCAGUCAGCCCUAUAUUUGAAGGAGACCCACUAGUUCUACGCUGCCAGGCCUGGCAAAACUGGCCACUGGCCCAGAUCACCUUCUACCGAGAUGGCUCAGCCCUGGGACCCCCUGGACCUAAUAGGGAAUUCUCCAUCGCCGUGGUACAACAGGCUGACAGUGGACACUAUCACUGCAGUGGUGUCUUCAGAAGCCCUGGUCCUGGGAGACCAGAAACAGCAUCUUCCGUGGCUAUCAAGGUCCAAGAACUGUUUCCAGCCCCACUUCUCAGAGCCACCCCCUCAGCUGAGCCCCAAGAGGGGGGUCCAGUGACCCUAAGCUGUCAGACAAAGCUGCCCCUGCAUAGGUCAACUGCCCGCCUCUUCUUCUCCUUCUACAAGGACAGCAGGACUGUGCGUGGCAGGGGUCUCUCCUCAGAAUUCCAGAUCCCCACAGCUUCAGAGGCACACUCUGGGUCCUACUGGUGUGAAGCAGCCACUGAGGACAACCAAGUUUGGAAACAGAGCUCCAAGCUGGAGAUCCGGGUGCAGGGUCCCUCCAGCUCUACUGCACCCCCUACCUUGAAUCCAGCUCGUCAGAAAUCAACUGUUCCAGAAUCGACUCCAACAGAGUCCCCUGCAUCUCAGCCUCCACUGUCCACUCCUUCUAAGAAUUCAGACUUCUCCUCUCCUCUGCGGGUGCUGGACCCCCAUUUGAAUCAACAGAUGGGCAUUCUUCUCAAGCAAAUGCAGGAUAUGAGAGUUCUCCUUGGUCACCUGGUCAUGGAGCUGAGGGACUUAUCUGGCCACCUGAAGCUCGAGACCACAAAGGGCCAUGCCAAAUAUGAGUAAACAAUUCACUUGCAGUAUUGCUCAAUGACUCCCAAUAAACUCAAUUUUUUCUACCUUU